AUGGAUAUGGACGACGAAUUCGAGAGAACCAAGCGAGAAAUGCAGGCGAUCAUCGACGAGGUGAGCAACACCAAAAUCCAGUCGUUCCGACGCGACACGACGGAUUCUCCGAGUCUCGUACAGCUUGUAACAGAGGUUUUCGAUAAAAUGGAGAAGGAUUAUGACACUGUCAAAAACAAUUUGGACGUUGUCGUCAAAGAGCGCGAAAAUUUGGAAAAAAAAAACACGAAAAUCAGCAAGGAAAUCGAUAGAGAAGAGGGUGAUCUGAAUCUUCUCGAAGAGACAAGAAACGAGCUGAAAAAGCUGACCGAGCUGCUUAAAUCCUAA